ACUUUCAUCAAUGUGAGCCAUGGCAGACCCUGCAGACAACACCAAUGCCGAUACAGGCGGCGUCAACUUCUUUGUUUUUAUACCCACCGAAAUCAUAACUUUGGUGUUAACUCAGCCCGAUCUCUCCUUUAGAGAUGUUGUUAACUUUGGGGCAACUUGUAAGAGUUGUCAUUCAAUCACCAGCGACAAUGAGCUGUGGAAAGUUAAGCUUCUUACUCGGUGGCCAUGUCUGCGACAUUUCAGUGAAACCACAAAGCCUACCUCCGCCUGGCUAGACCACUGCAGGCAGCUCCACAAUCUACCAGAGACUGCAAGGGACCUCGUGGCUUGCCUCUCGGCAAAAUGCUUCCACAAGGAGGAGGUGACGUACUCUCACUUCAAGCCAUUGAAGGAGCUGUACCUCCGCAACGAGCUGUGCCGGGCGCUGACCGAUGAGGUCCUGAUGGCCAUUGUGAAUGAUGAAAAACACCACAAGGACUUGACCCUGAGGUACUACGCUCAGAAGGCUCUGCGCUACGUCCGCCACAUGCAGCUCAGACAAGAGUGGCAAGCCUACUUUGGGCUCCCCAUUGAGCAACAGAAGCUCCUGGAAGGUGCCAUUUUAUUUGAGAGGUGGUACAAUCCCUUCAGUCCAUCUCCUGAGGAGAGCGUCAGAAAGGAAGUGAAAGAGAUUGCGGAAAGAGCCAGGAGGAAGCUGAAAACGGAUCACCCGUGUUGCCAUGGCAACGUUGAAGGAGUGGUUGAGAUGACACCCAAUCAGUGCCAAGACGUCCUGGAUGCAGUCAAUGAGGUCUUGAUUAAGGAGAUGAACUUCCAAGGCAACAGUGAAGAUUACUACAACGAGAGCAACUCCUUCAUGUCUCUGGUCCUGACAAGAAAGCUAGGCAUACCCAUCACGCUGUGCAUCCUGUAUGAAGCGGUGGUCAGGAGACUCGGCCUAGUGCUUCGGCCUGUCAACUUCCCCGGUCACUUCCUGCUCCGCUGGAAUUAUUCCUCAGAUGGUUUCAAAGAGUUGGACACCAACCUGUUCGUCGACGUCUUCAAGAAAGGUCAUGUGAUGACCUCGGCGGAAAUCCUGAUGGGGAAUGCCCGCCUGGACCUUUUAGGUUUCCGGCCGGAGUACUUAAAUGCCUGCCCUCCUAGGGAUGUGUUCCGAAGAAUGACGGCAAACAUCAUGCACCUGCGGCAUGGCAUUUCACACGGCAGAACCAGUGAUUUUGACGGAUUAGAACUACAAGCUGUUUUGAGUCCAGAAGACUUUGACACAGUCAUGGGCUGUGUCAAGUGCUAUGUGGAACGCCAUAUUAAUUACACUGAGUCCCUAGCAAUGUUACCAGCAGUGAGGCCACAGAAUGACAUGGAGAUCAUGGGCGUGGCCAUCUUCAGGGAAAUGAUAGAUGAGGCCAUUCAGAAGGAUGGAGAAGAAGAUGCUGAGCCAACAAUGCCAGCACCGAAGCGACGAGAGGACAAUGAAGAAGUUGCUUAUGCAGUCGGCAUGGUGAUGAAGCACAGAAGAUAUAACUAUUCCUGUGUGAUCUACGGCUGGGAUCCAGUCUGCAAGCUGUCCAGACAGUGGCAGCAUCAGAUGGGCGUGCAUCGACUGCCCAACCAGGAGAAGCAACCCUUCUAUAAUGUGAUGGUGGAGGACUCCUCCAGUCGCUAUGCUGCUCAGGAAAAUCUGGACUUCAUCGAUGCCCCUAUCACCAUAUCGCAUCCUGAGGUGGGCCGAUACUUCCAAGAGUUCACACAGAAAUGUUACCUGCCGAAUGCAGAAUUGGCCUGUCAGUACCCGGACGACGUGGCAGUGACGACGCAGAAAGCUGCAGAACUCUACCCGGAGUAACUGUGCCGUGCUCCAUCAAACUGAGGAUUUACCCUUACUCUGCUUAGCGCAACUCUCAGUGCAUCAGGUGUAAAAGUCUGUUGGACCUUGCUUCAUUGAGUCAUCGACACCUGUGCAUAAAUGGCCAAUUCUGAGACAACGGGAGCAGGGAUAAUAAUAAUAAUAAUAAUGGGUAUUUAAAAAAGUGCACCUAUCCACCAGUAUUGGUAUUCAAAGCGCUACAUCAUUAU